AUGAGAAAAUGGGAUGCUGAUGCAAGAUUAAAGAGUUAUGUGAAUUAAAUUUUAAAUGUUAAAUCAACAUUAACAAAUAACUAAAAAACUACAUCAAAAAGUAAUCAAUCUCUAUUAUUUUGAAUUAGAAAAAAUUAAUAGAGAUACUGAAUAUAGUAGCAAUGUAACGAAUAGUUCAGAUUUAACAGGCAUUAAAGAUAGCAUUCUUUAUAAGUAAUUUGAAUAUAAUGAUAAUAGAUAAUUAGUCGAGUACAAUUUAUAAUAAUAUGCAAAUAAGCUAUUAUUAAGAGGAUAUAAGAGUGGUUUGCAAUAAUUAGCAUAACAAUCUCAAGAAUAAUAAAACUUAUUGUUAUAAGAAAUAAAGUUAUUACCUGGACAUAAACAUAAAUUUUUAGAUUUAUUUAAACAAUUAAAUGAACAUAUAGGAACUUACAACGACAAUACUUCUUAGCCAAUAAAUCAUAAUAAAUAUGUUUAAAAUCGAAAUACUUUACCUGGAUAAUUUAAUUCACAUGGAAAAUUUGAAUAAACAAAAGAUGUAUACAUGCAAAUUCUAAAGCCAAUAAAUAGAAAAGCAUCAAUGAGACAUUUUUCACCUUCUUAAGAAAUGGCAUAAAUUAAACCAAGAAUACUACCAAAAUUAGAAUAAGUUUCAAAUAAGGGUAAAAAAGAAAGUUCAAUUGAAGAACUUAAUUCUAAAUAAGUAGAUUUAUAAAUAACAAAUUUUAAAAGUGAAUAAAUACCUUAAAAAAAAGAGGUUGUUUUAAAACAAUCAACUAAAAAUAUUUAAAAUUAUAGUAAAAAAUUAAAUUAGACAAAGAAAUAGUUAUCUGACUUAAAUUAACAUUAAGAAAAAUCUUUUAAAUUUAUUAAUAAAUUAUUAUUGAUAAAUGGAAAAAAUUGCAAUGAGAUUAAUUUAGAAAGAGAACAAAUAAAUUUAAUGUAUCAAUCUUUUGACAAUGGAAGAUUAGCAUCAACAUUAAUUAAUAUUGAUAUUGAAGAAAUAAGUUAUUGUGUUGGGAUUUCAAUUAAAAAAAUGAUGGUUAUAGCUGAUAUAGAUUUGAUAAAAAACUUAAAUUCAAAUGUAAUUUUAGAGACUGAUGAUAAACAAUCUAUUUAAUCAGAUAGUAUUAAACAAAAAUAAUAUUAGAUGAGAAUAUUAUAAAAGAUGAUAAUUAUGAUGAAUUCAUUUAAAAUUAGACCUUUCAAAAAAAUCAUAAUAAUGAAAAAUAGUCUCCUUAAGAUCAAAAUUUAGAUUAAUAUUAAGAUGAAGACUUUGAAGAAAAUUUUCUUGAAAAUUUAGAAAAUAAUGAUGAAUUAAUCUGCAAUACUGAAUUAAAUUAUUAGAAAGAAUAAUUCUAGCCUGAUGAUCAAAAUAAGUUAUUAUUUAAAACUAUUUUAAGUCAUUAAUUACCUUAAUCAUAAUUUUCAGUUGAUACAACUUUAAAUUUACAAGAAUCUAUAUUAUAUAAUAAAGUUUUUAUUGAUAUGGAAAUGCAAAAUUAUAUACCCAAUGUAGAUAUUAUACAAAAUUAUUGUAAAAAUAUUAUGAUAACAACUAAAAUGGAAAGAGAAGUGGCAAUUAUAUCAAUGAUCUAUAUAAAUAGAUUAUUGGAAUAUAAUGAAACUUUAUAAAUAAAUUGUUUGAAUUGGCAGAAAAUAUUAUUUACAUCUUUAGUUAUGGCUUCUAAAAUAUGGGAUGAUGAAUCAUUUGAAAAUAAUAAUUUUGCUAAAGUUCUUCCUUAAUUUUCGACUGUUCAAAUUAAUGAGAUGGAGAAAGUGUUUUUAAAAUUAAUUGAAUAUCAUCUAUAUGUAAAUUCAGGAGAUUAUGCUAAACAAUAUUUCUUAUUGAGAACUUAUGCUGAUAAAAAAUAACGAAGUUAUGCUGUCAAAUAAUUAGAUAUUGCAACUGUUUUGAGAUUAUAGAAAGGUGUCCAAUUGUUGAUUAACAAACAAUAAUUUUUAAAUACUUUAAAUAAAAGUUUUUGA